CCGUCUUCCCCGUCUCUAUCUCUUUUUUGCCCUCUCUUUUUCCAGCAUUUGCGUGCGUUGACCCCCUUGACUACGUCUCGUACAAUUCCAAGCCUGAACUCCUGUGUUCGAUAUCUCUUACACCCUUCCUAGGUUGAAUUUCUGCAAUUCAGUCAAUCCUAUCGCUCUCUCCCUCCGCAAACGGUGAAGAGAAGAAUCGCCAGAGCCAAAACCUAACGGGCAUAUCCCCUAAGCACUCAGAGUUAAGUGGCCAAGGCAGGCUGCAAAGUCAAGCAAAAUAGCCAGGCGGCAGCCAGACCGAUAGAGCCAGCAAAUCCAUCAAUCAACAACCACCGGUCAACCACCUUGAUCCAUCCAUCAAAUCAAUCAAAUUCAGUCGCGUCCCCACUCCCCGCGCUCUGCCCGUGUCCUCAACACGACACUGGAUAACCUGACGGGACGGAAGCUCCCUCAAAGCCAUUCUUCUUUACGGAUACAAACCCAUCACAUCCCGCCAUCCGCACCAAUUCCUCCUUUCACCUACUUUCUACCGCAAGGUACCCUACCUUACCUUAGACUCCGUGUCUUUGUCUCAUCCCUCCAUCUCACCCUACCUUACCUUACCUUGCCACACCACACACACACACUACACUCCACCUCACUUCCCGCUCUCCGGCUUAUCACGACUCACCCUCCAGCGCUACAACUUCUCACGCGCGCUCUUGCCAGGAAUUGAACCGCGCUUAUUCACAGCAAUAUCGGAAAUCCAUCGUAGAAUUUCCAACAAACCACAAUCGUCCAAUUGCCCAAUACAGACUUCGGAACUCGGGAACAACUUUUUGACUUUACCAAUUUUUAUUCGGGUUCCCUUAUUCCCUCAUCUUUCCCCCUUUUUACACUCCCUCCGCUUGCUAAGGUACUCGGCUGAAGUGCGCUUUGGUUUGCUACGGCACAGAGUACCUCGUCUACCAAAUACCCUCGGAAACUACCUUUACCUUAUUGCCACUCAAUGCCCGGCCGGUAAGCUGAGAGCUAAGAGGCAGCGAACGAGCCAAUUCUGCGUGCCUGGGGAGACGGUUUCCGCACACACCCCGGUCUAAUCCCUCUCCUUGGCCUUUUUCGUGUCUGGAACUUCUCUGGACCUCCCACCCCCAACUUUCUUCCCACCUCGCAACACACGCACACUCUAUUUUGGAACGCGUCGCAUCUCCCCUCUGCCGACCUCCAAACACGAUAUAAACGACGCAAAAGUUCAAAAUCGCGUCGAGACUGGGUAUUUUCGCCCAACAUGUCUCUCCUACACAGCGAUAGCGGCUUGCUAUCCGCUCUCGCUACUGAUUCCUCCUCCAACAUCGCGUCUUCCAGCUCCACGCCUCCCACCAGUAUAUCCGAUGUUGCCAGCCAGGCUUCAGAAGGCCCCAAAUUAGACGACAUCCCCAUCAUUCUCGAAACCGAAACCAUUGUCGAGACCGAAAUCGAGGCUCAAAUCGAAAUCCCUGCGGAUGCCAUUCCGACUCCCGACCCUGCACCCGAAACGCCCUCGGAGCCCCAGCCCGCAGCGCGCCCACGUCGGUCUUGCUCCGGUAAAGGUGUAUACAACCUCUCAAAACUCAGUGGCACGGCGAACCGCGGUCACCGCCGCUCCAAGGGCGAUAUUGUCGCUGCUGACCGGCGCCGAACCAUUUCUGGCGAGACGCUUGUCGAUGGCAGAGCCAAUACGGACGAAGUGGCGCGUGUCGCUAGCAACCUUGUCCGCGACGGCAUUGACGCGUUGGACCUCCAAUGGUCUGUUGGAGCUCUCAAGACACCGCGUGCGAAGAAGAUUACUGCGGAAAAAGCAGCAACGUCGCGGAUUACUCGUCACACGGCGCGUCUUAUCGGAACCCCUGUCGAGAGUCUUGCGACUAAAGUCUCCAAUCUCGGCAAGCGGAGUCGCAAAACCUUCGAGAAGAACAUGUCCAAAAUUCCCCGCGAAUUGCGCCGCCUGCAAGAUACCAAGGAGUUCACCGGCAUUGACGAGAAGCCUGUCAUCAGAACCGUCUGGUCUAACGGAAAGCUCGUGAUCUUGGACGAAAACGGCAACAUCCCCGCGCCACCGGCCAAGAAGGCCAAAUCUGAGCCGCUCGAGACCAAGAAAGAGGAGGUAGAGGAGAAGGCCGAGAAGGCUGCCGACGCCCCCUCCAAGAAGACGAAGCGUCACAAGAAAUAUCUCGAUCGUGGACUGUAUGCCGGCCAAUCGGCUCCGUCUGAUUUGACCAAGGGUCUGUCGAUACCUGAGCAGAGAAAGCUUGCGCAAACACCGGAGCUCAAGAACUAUGGUCGCCCCAACAAGGCGCUCCCGUUGCCAAUGUUUAAUGGACUGCGCCUGCUGCUCAGCGGUCGCGAUUUCAAGCUCCCCUUUGACGUCUGCAAUCCUUUGCCGCCUGGCCAGCCGAAGCCCGAUGACUUCCGCAAGAUGACAAAGAACCGUUUCGUUGGCGAUUCUCUGAGCCUAUGGAAGAAGACGCCGCACUUCAUCGACCAGUCCAAGUGCGUCUGCAAACCCGAGGAUGGAUGCAGUGAGGACUGCCAGAACCGAAUCAUGCUGUACGAGUGCGACGACAAGAACUGCAACGUGGGCCGGGAAAACUGUACGAACCGUGCCUUUGCCGAUCUUCAAGAGAGAAAGGCAGGUGGUGGCAAGUAUCGCGUCGGUGUCGAGGUCAUCAAGACAUCUGACCGUGGCUACGGCAUUCGCGCGAACAGAUGCUUCGAGCCGAACCAGAUUGUCAUGGAGUACACCGGCGAGAUCAUUACCGAUGAGGAAUGCAACAACCGCAUGGAAACCAAGUACAAGGAUAACAAGUGCUACUAUCUCAUGAGCUUCGACCAGAACAUGAUUAUCGACGCCACGACCGGUAGCAUCGCUCGUUUCGUCAACCACUCAUGUGCUCCAAACUGCCGCAUGAUCAAGUGGAUUGUCUCUGGCCAGCCUAGAAUGGCGUUGUUCGCGGGGGAUAAGCCCAUUAUGACGGGCGAGGAACUCACCUACGACUACAACUUCAGUCCGUUCAGCGACGAGAACGUUCAAAAGUGUCUCUGCGGCGCGCCAAACUGUCGAGGGAUCUUAGGGCCUAAGCCUCAGGAAGUCAAACAGCCCAAGCCUCCCAAGUCGACUAUCAAGGCCGUGGUCAAGAGCGCGGUCAAAGCGAGCAAGAGAAAGAUUGAAACGAUGAUUGGCGACGAAGAAGAUGGCGGUUCCGCAAAGAAGCGCAAGAUCAAGGCUGCCAAGGGAGUGAGACGAUCACUAUCCUCGACUGGCCUGCUCACCAAGGCUGCGUCCAAGAGCGCGGCUACGGUUAAGAGACGUGUGUCGGCGAUGGCAAUUCUCGGCGGCACCGGCAAGACGAGUACUCCGGUGAAGUCGGCCAAGGGCACAAAGGCGACUCCGGCGAAGACAGCGGCGAAGAAGGCAACUCCGAAGAAGUCGACACCGAAGAAGUACACGGCACCCAACCCCGCGCGCAAAGCUACCGCAGUCCGUAAGUCGGGCUCCGGGAAGAUGCUCAAGACGUACGGAAAGGUCUCGCCCAAGAAGCUGAGCAGUCGUGCACCGAGCAUGACGAUUGUAGCCGCGGGAGCAGAGAACGAGGAGGAACUUACCCCGGAGAAGAGCAAGGGUCAAAAGCUUCACAGAAGUCUUAGCAAGGCAUCUCGCAACGCACUGGAAGAGCUCUCACGCGGUUCCACCAUCCGCCUCGUAAGCCCUGAGCUUGUGAGCCCGGGGGCCACGAUCACAGCCCGGCAAGAUUAGGCGAGCCAGUGGCGAAGUCUGGGCCACAUUGCAUGAGGCAUUCACGAUGCCUAUCCAUCAUAUUGAAUCUUGACGUCGACAAACGAGGGCGGCACGGAUGAGUUUGGCGUUGGCAAGGUGUUUUCGGUCAUUCAACAGGCGAAACGGAGGCAAGGCAUUGUACAUUACGGGAAUCGAGGGAAGGACGACAUGGUACAGGGGAGAGACGAACGAAGAAGUGACGAAAGGGGGGGAGAGGCAAUGAGAGACAAGGACGUCGAAGCUUUUGGGACGGACAUCGGUCUCUGCCUGAGAGUUGGGCAUUCUCGCUUCUCCCCUGCGAAAUCUGGCUGCAUACGUUUUAUCGGAACUGGGGGACUUCAUUGCCAGUUGCAGGGAGG